UAUAUGGUAUUUUUCACUUUCCUUCCCCCACAAAAAACGAUAUUUACCUUUGACACCCAGUUCCACAAUACAAAAUCUUUUACUAUCUGUUUCACCACAACCCUUCUUCAAUUCCAAUUCCAAUUCCAAUUCUCUCCAACUAAUAGCUUCAAAAACAGGGGCCAAAUUUGGAGCCCUAAUUCAGCUAUGGAGGGGAAGGACGUGAAGCGACGAUUGGUUCAGUCGACGCUGUUUCCUCACAAGGAGACUGCAAUUAAGGCCGGGGAAAACUGCGGCGCUGAUAGAGAAGAAGCGGUGGUGCAAGAGGAUGAGGAUGAGGAUGAGGAGUGGUGUGGCAGUAGCAAAAAGCGGAGGGGAACUAAAAAGAAGGGCAAUUCUAAACAGAAAACGACGCCCCGAGCUUCUGCAAAGAAGGAUAUAGAAAACGGAAAAGGAACUCCAACGAAGCAAGUUAAAGACAGUGAUUCCCCAGUUAUUCCUAAGUCGAGUUUCUUUGUGAAGGUCUCUGAGCAGCGUCGUCCGAAAAGGCAGCAAAGCCAGCUGAUAUCUGCGGAAUCCCCUGAAGAAAAUGGUGAUAUCUGUUCAGUUCCGAGCUCUGUUGAAAAUUGUAGGACGACUCCUCACAAGCAGAAGCAGCGGGGUAAAUCAACUCCGAGGAAGGAAAAGAGGAGUUCAACACCCAGCAAGAAGAUGAAAAGUGGCAAAAGAGAGUUACAAUUUGAUCACAUCCCAUGUGAUCUUCCACCGGAUGAACAGCCUAUGCAUAAACUUCCUGAUCUAAGAUUGGAGGCAAAAUUGAUAGCAGAGGAAAACACACGCAUAUUUUCUGGACGACAAAUUCAUCCAUUUUUUAAGUCAUGGAAAGGGGGAAAAACAAGUCAAGCAUUGACUGAUCCAGAAAGCAAUUGGUCCCCUGUUGAGAGAAAGGAAAAAGGCAUUGCUUUCAACCCUAUCCAUGUGUUUGAGGAUGUUCAGGGCAAUCAUUCAACUUUCACUUGGGGACAUUGGAUAUUUUCUGAAAGAAGUGCCAUCAGUGAUCUGCAAUGCGGAAGCUCACCACUUUUUGAAGGAUCCAUGGUUUCCUUAAAUUUUGAUAACUAUAUGAAUUUCUCACAAUUCACCCCAACAUCAUUAAACCAAAACUCUCAUCAGUGUUCUGUCCCACAAGAAGGGGUUUUUAGCAAAGAAAAUUAUACAAAUGUGCUGCCAAAAUGUACAGAAGAUUCACUUGCUGGAUCUAUUGAAUCUGUGUUGCAGGAUCACAAACAAGAAAGUAACGGUUUUGUCAACAAGAUACACUUAGGUGGGAACUUGGAUCUUCAGCUUGAGGAUAAACUUCUCCAGGAAAGGAUCAUGUCUCAUUAUCAUACAAGUCACAAUAAGCCCGAGAAUUGCCUAUGGACGGACAAGUACCAGCCUCAGAAUGCCAAGGAGAUUUGCGGUAAUCCUGAAUCAGUGAAUCUUUUAAGCGAAUGGCUUCGUCUUUGGCACACAAGGGGUUCUCUGAUCACUAGGGGUUGCACUGAUGAAGUAAAUUGUACUCCGCGAGAUGUUGAUUGUGAUUAUCAGCAAAGUGAAUCUGAUGAUGAUGAUGAUGAUGGUGAAGAAAGCUUGAAGAAUGUUCUCUUAGUAACUGGACCAGUUGGGAGUGGGAAAUCUGCUGCCAUCUAUGCUUGUGCCAGAGAUCAAGGAUUUCAGAUUAUUGAGAUCAAUGCAUCAGACUGGCGUAAUGGAGCACUAGUGAAGCAAAAGUUCGGGGAGGCUGUUGAAUCUCAUUGGCUGCAACGCACAGUAGAAAAUGGAACAAGUACAGAAAAUAAAUCCCUAUCAAAGUUCUUCAAGGCCGUUAAUGCUGAUAUGCAAUGCUCCGAUGAUGAAGUAAUUGAACUGAUACACUUACCAGAUGAGGACUUGAGAGAUGUAUAUUCAUCACCUAAGAAAUCAGUCUAUAAGAGAACUGUUAAUUGUCAGAAUGAGGUCAAAACCUUGAUUCUUUUUGAAGAUGUGGAUGCUACGAUUUGUGAAGAUCAUGGUUUUAUUACUACUAUACAACAACUUGCAGUAACUGCCAAAAGGCCCAUGAUAUUGACAAGCAAUAGUGGCAAUCCUGCACUCCCAAAAAGUUUGGACAAGUUGGAGAUAAGUUUUUCUCUCCCAUCACUUGACGAGCUACUUGGACUUUCCAAUAUGAUUUGCACUGCAGAAAGAGCUAAAAUUCAUCCUUACUUGCUUCAAAGAUUUGUCGAUCAUUGUCGAGGAGACAUCCGCAGAACUAUACUGCUACUCCAGUUCUGGUGUCAGGGUCAAACUCUUAGGACAGGGAAUGAACAGCCAACGACAUAUUGGCCAGUUCCAUUUGACCUUGAUGCUGGACAUCACAUAUUACCAAAAAUAAUCCACUGGGGUUGUCCUUCACAGCUCUCUGAGCUUGUGGCAGUGGAGGUUGUUAGGUCUUUGGCUUUGAUGGAAGAAACCAAAAGUGUGAUGGGUCAAAUUAAGGUUGAUGAACUAAACUAUUAUAGCUCCGAAGAUAUGUGUAUGCAGAAAAUUGAACAAGACCCUAUUGAGGUGAAAAAGGCAACGAUGUUAAGCUUGCAGUCACUUGGUGAUGCAGAAUGUACACCAUUUGAGGUUGAUCCAGACCUUUUUGAUAUCUGUUGCUCUCCAGUUGCAUUUGCUCAGAAAAAUAGCCGGAGAAGGGUCAAUACGAUCCUUUCCUCAGAUUCUGAAGAUGAGUUUGCAUGUGGAAGCAUUCCCCUUGCUUCAGCUGGUGAAGUACAUGAGAUGAAAAAUACUUUUCAAUGUCUAUCUACUGAAAUACAUCCUCCCCCAGCCGAGCCAGUCUUUCAAUUCAAAGUCAACAAGUUGGAAGAAAGUUGUUCUCAGCUUCCAGAGAUUGUUGAUAAUUCCCUUGUGGAGGAUACAUGCAGAUUACAUGACAUGUCAUUUAUGCCAGAAUCGACUUUUGUCCCUGAGACGGAGAUUAUCCAGGAAACGGAAUUGUUUUCUACAACAGUAACUUAUGGUAAUUUUUUCAAUGGAGUAGAAUCGAAUUGGACAUUCCCAAACCAAGAUUCAAUACCCUUCCUCGAAACUGCUGCUGGUUCCCAGUUGUCUAAAUCUUUGGAUAUAUUGCAGAGUGACCUGGAAAUGGUAGGGAAUGAUUUUGAUGCUGUUACAGCUUCUGGCUGUCAAGAGGAGGUUGGGGAUUCUCUUUUAAAAUCCGAGUCAGAUGUUCCUAGAGGGUUUCAACUGUUUGAUGAAUGUAGUCGAGUGGAUAUAGUGAGGAAAUUGAAAUCUCUAGACUGUGCAGUAGCUGAUCAGCCAAUUGAUAUUGUGAAAGAAACAUGGAAAAGCCUUCAAAAUCAGUCCAAGGAUUUCAAAAUGUACGUCACUGCAGAAGAGAGAAUGGCCUGUCAAGUUUUAAUAUCUUCACAUGGAAUAAGUAAUUUGAUCUCAGACGCUGAUUUAUUACUUAAAGAUUGCCAGACGUUAUUAUGUGAUUCGGUGUGCUCAUCAAUGAUUCCAAGUGAAAAAACACAUUCCUAUAGCUAUUUCGAUAAUCAAUUGGAGAUGUCAUCAACUCUAGCUCAGCAUGGAAUGUGCUACUACGCUAAAGAAAUUGCUUCGUUACAGUCAAUAAUGGGGUGCCAGAACAAUUUGGAUCUGGCCUCAGAGAUGUUGUCGUCUUCAGCAAAUUCAGUUGCAUUAGGCAAACUGGCUAGCCAGGGCAGGAGAAAGGCCUACAGAUCCAGUACAGAAACGACCAAAAGCUCCAAUAUUUUAAAAAGUGAAUCAGACUCAGCCCUUGACGAUAUACUUCAGACUGUAAUUCCCCCAAGAUCAUACCUAGCUGCUAAGGGUUGUGCAUCUCAUGAAUACAUCUCAACAUUGAGCCAGAUUUCAAGAUAUGAAACCUCUCGUUUGUCCUACUGUGUCGACAAUAAUAGAAAGCGAAGAAGAGCUCGUGGCCCUCAGAAUUAUUUGAGCUCUGGUUCGUUAGCAAUGUCACCAGAGGAAAUAUUGUUGCUGGAUCGACGUACUAGCUAUGGAAAAGUUCCUUGUCCUCCUGGUGAUGGAAGUCUCAGAUAACAAAUCGUAGGCAAUUUUUUUGAUUAGUAUGCUGAUUUCUAUGAUUAUUUACUCUUUUCACAAUUAUGCUGUAGCCAUGGCUUGUUGGAGGAGGUUCAUUGAUUUUCUGAACCACAAGAGACUGCUAAUUUUAGGUAAAGUUUUUUUGUCUUCUUGAGUUGGAACAUUAGGUAAAGGUGUAGCAUUUUAAAAGGUAUAAAUUUUAUUUUGAUGUAAUUCUUCAAUUCGUGUUCAAUUAAAAAUAAAAGUCAUUUAUUCAA